GUCUUAGUCAAUACAAGAUGGCGACUAUUUUGCAAGGAUUGUUUAGAAGUCGCUUUCAAGUACUUUCAAGUCGGCAAUUUUGGUUUGGUGAAGUUCAGAGUUUUCAUCCUAUUUCUUGGUGUGUUUUUCAAGCACUUUUUGGGAAUGACAGAGCAAGAAUACUACAGAGUAAUAACAUACUUCCUGGUAGAAGAUCAGCAGGGUCAUAUUUGGACAUAAAGAAGCAUCACAGGGCAUAUGGCUCUCAAAUAUUAAAAUUCAACCAUCUUCCUGUGAUACAUAUCAAAGCAACAUUUAACAAUACAGUCAUUACAAUAUUGGACAAAAAUGGUGAGAGAUGGUUAACAAGUUAUUGUAUCUUUUCAUUGUCAAUAUCUGUGAUUUCUUUUUUAUUUUUUUUCUGUUUAAAACAUUAUUACUUUUAUUUUUUAGAAAAAACGUUGGGAUGGGUUUCAGCGGGAACAGAAGGAUUCAAGAAUGCAAGGGGAGGAAGUUCUACAGCAGCACGACAGGCUGGAAUAGCAGCUGCUCAGAAAGCAAUUUCAUUAGGAGUAGACAAAGCACGAAUAAAAAUCCGUGGUAUUGGAACUGGACGACAGGGUGCAGUAAAUGGCAUUGUAUUUGCUGGAGUGGACGUGGUCUCAGUUACAGAUGUUACCCCUGUUCCUCAUAAUGGCUGUAGACCCAGAAAAGUUAGAAGAGUGUAAAGUGACAAAUAAUUAAAAAAAGUUCUCAAUUUGAGGCA